GAUCUUCAAUUCGCAUUCUCUCACACUCGACGUAUGUUAUAUAUAUACGACUAUACAUACAACGCCAACUGACAUAACUUCACUCAACAAGAGUAUUGCUAGCUCGAUCAUUUAAUUUUGAUUCAAUAAUUGUUCCUCUCUCUAUAUUUGGUGCAGUUUGAGAGGUGCUUUUGUUGUUUAUUUGGACAUUCCAGAAGUCUUGAGUAUUUAUGCUGGGUACCUCUUUGGUUGGCAUGUUGUAUUCUUUACUACUAGAAUUUCCGACUAAAAUUACCAGUAUACAUAUUUGGACAAUUUUGCUUGCUUGUAUGCAACUAUUUGUGAAAUGGGCUCAAAAGGAAGACUUGUAGUUGAUCUUAAUGAACCGACCACUGAAAAUGAAGAUGAUAUUGACGGUGUUGUCUACUUCCAGCCUCAGGAGGCUAUUCCAUCCUCUAGUAUUGCAAAAACAGACUUAUUCGUGGCAUCAGCAGGCCCCCAAGGGAUAUUAAAUAAUCAUUCUUUUGCACAUGCUUCUUCUGUUUCUGGUUUCCAGCCUCUCCUCCGUACUAAACCUGCUCAGGGAUCUGUUGCAUCUGCUCAAAACAAAGGUUCUAUGGAAAUUUAUUCCAGCAUUGCCUCAUCAUCGAUAAAGAUUAAUGGCCAGGGUGUAAAUGCUGCUCCAGACCUUCCUGUUGGUGCUCAGGAUUCUGAGAAAGAAGAGGGUGAAUGGUCUGAUGCAGAGGGCUCGGCUAAUGCUUCAAGUGGUGCAAGUAAUAAACAUGUGCAGGAGAGAGGCCAAGUUGCAUUGAUGGAAAAUAGUGCACGUCCAGAGAGGGUGGUGAGUAUUGCACUUGAUACUGACAAUGUUAAGAAUGGGAGCAUUAGUAGUGUGGUGCUGGAUCCUGAAACAACUGAUAAGAAAAUCAAUAGAUCUAAAGAUGGUGAAGAAGAUUCUGCUUCAGGCCGUAAAGCAAGAAUAUUCAGAGGAAAUGAAGCAAAUCAUGCAUUGAGGUCUGUAAAUAAUCUUGGGAAACGCCCAAAGCCUGACCAGCGGAAGGAAGUAAUGUUGGGGAAGAAGCGUGGCAGGCAGACCAUGUUUCUCGAUCUAGAAGAUGUGAAACAAGUUGGUGCUUUGAAGGCUUCAACUCCUAGAAAGCAGAUACCUGCACCAGCUCUAUUGAGGACAGUAAGAGAAACUCAUUCUGCACUACCAUCUGCUGAUAGUGGGGAAAAGCAAACACAACCUAUAAUAUGGGAUACAGAACAGGGUGAUCUAUUGACCAAUGGAGGCAAAGAUUUUGUGGAGUCAGAUGAUUAUAAAACCGAGAGUAAUGAAAACAGUAAUUCUGGGACUCCGGGUCCUUCUGCAAUGUUAAAUAGCUCAAUAGAUCUUUAUUCACAAGUUCAAACGCCACUUGUUUCUCGUCAAAGUUCUUGGAAGCAUCCACCUAAUAUAAAGCAACUUAAUCAGUUAUCUGGUAGGAAACCAGUAGUCAGUAGUUAUGCUGAUCCUAAAUUAGCUGUGAAAAAACUUCGUUCCAGGAAGCAAAGUUUUGUUAACCAAUGUCAAGAUUCAUCAGUGGAACGCCUAUUGCGUGAGGUGACUAGUGAGAAAUUUUGGAAUCACCCAGGGGAACAGGAGCUUGAACGUGUUCCAGGUCGCUUUGAUUCAGUAGAAGAGUAUAUUAGGGUGUUUGAGCCUUUGCUCCUUGAAGAAUGCAGAGCUCAGCUUUACAAUAACUGGGAGGAAUCUUCAGAAAUGGCUUCAAGCCACGUUAGGGUGGGCAUAAAAAGCAUCGAACAGCGCGAUAGGGGAUGGUUUGAUGUGAUAUUAAUGCCACCACAUGAAUACAAAUGGACAUUUAAGGAAGGGGAUGUAGCAGUUCUUUCAGUACCUAUGCCUGGAGCAGUCAGUGCUAAGAGGAAUGGUUCCUCACCACUUGAAGAUGAGGAGAAGCAAAAAGUUAAUGGGCAUGUUGCAGGUACAGUGAGGAGAUACAUGCCUAUUGGUAACCGAGGACAUACAGGAGUCACCCUUCACUUUUUUGUUGGCGAUAACUACGAUUCCAGCAGCAAAAAUGAUGAUGAUCAUAUUCUGCGGAAGCUCCACCCUGGUGAUGUCUGGUAUCUGACUCUACUUGGUUCUCUGGCGACCACACAGCGAGAAUACGUUGCUCUGCAUGCAUUCCGUCAUCUUAACAUGCAGAUGCAAAAUGCGAUUAUUCAACCUAGUCCCAACCAGUUCCCUAAGUAUGAAGAGCAGCCACCUGCAAUGCCUGAUUGCUUUACACCAAGCUUUGUUGAACAUCUGCGCAGGACGUUUAAUGGACCCCAGCUAGCUGCAAUUCAAUGGGCUGCAAUGCAUACAGCUGCUGGUACAUCAAGUGGUGUGACAAAGAAGCAAGAGCCGUGGCCUUUUACUUUAGUUCAGGGGCCUCCUGGUACUGGUAAAACACAUACUGUGUGGGGGAUGCUUAAUGUGAUCCAUCUCGUCCAGUAUCAGCGUUACUAUGCUGCAUUGCUAAAGAAAUUGGCACCUGAAAGCUAUAAGCAGGUUGAUGAUAGCAACUCAGAUAGUGUGGCCUCUGGUUCCAUUGAUGAAGUUCUGCAAAGCAUGGAUCAGAAUCUCUUUCGAACUCUUCCAAAACUCUGCCCAAAGCCUAGGAUGCUCGUCUGUGCUCCCUCAAAUGCCGCAACGGACGAACUUCUUGCACGUGUCCUUGACCGUGGAUUUAUUGAUGGGGAGAUGAAAAUUUAUCGAGCUGACGUUGCUCGAGUUGGUGUAGAUUCUCAGAAUCGGGCAGCCCAGGCAGUUUCUGUUGAAGGAAGAACUGAACAACUUUUGAGAAAGAGCCGUGAGGAAGUGUAUGGCUGGAUGCAUAGUUUGAGGCUUCGUGAGACUCAGUUAUCUCAGCAAAUUGCAUGUCUCCAAAGAGAACUUAAUAUUGUUGCUGCCACUGGUCAUGCACAAGGAUCUGUUGGUGUUGACCCUGACGUUCUUAUGGCCAGAGACCAAAAUCGAGAUAGGUUACUUCAAAACCUCGCAGCAAUAGUUGAAAACAGGGACAAAGUACUAGUUGAGAUGUCUCGGUUGCUCAUUUUAGAAGGCAGGUUUCGAGCUAGUGGCAACUUUAAUUUAGAGGAAGCUCGUGCAGAUCUGGAGGCAAGCUUUGCUAAUGAGGCUGAAAUUGUUUUUACUACAGUCUCAAGCAGUGGGCGCAAGUUGUUCUCUCGUCUAACUCAUGGCUUUGACAUGGUUGUGAUUGAUGAAGCAGCUCAAGCCAGUGAAGUAGGAAUACUGCCACCACUUUCCCUCGGUGCAGCUCGCUGUGUUCUUGUCGGUGACCCUCAGCAGCUCCCUGCUACCGUCAUUAGUAAGGCAGCUGGAACCUUGUUAUAUAGUAGAAGCUUAUUUGAGAGGUUCCAGCAAGCAGGUUGCCCAACAAUGCUGCUGUCUGUGCAGUAUAGAAUGCAUCCAUAUAUUCGGGAUUUUCCUUCAAGGCACUUUUACCAAGGACGCCUUACGGAUAGUGACAGUGUUGCUGCUCUUCCAGAUGAGGCAUAUUACAAAGAUCCGCUACUGAGGCCUUAUAUCUUUUUUGAUAUUGCUUUCGGUCGAGAAUCUCAUCGAGGGGGUUCUGUGUCCUAUCAGAACACACAAGAAGCACAGUUUUGUGUUCGUUUGUAUGAGCACAUUCAGAAAACUAUAAUUUCAUUAGGUGUCAGGAGGGUGUCGGUUGGUAUAAUCACUCCAUACAAGCUGCAACUAAAAUGUCUCCAACGGGAGUUCAAGGAUAUUUUAAAUUCAGACCAAGGAAGAGAUGUCUAUAUUAAUACAGUGGAUGCUUUCCAAGGGCAAGAGCGUGAUGUCAUUAUAAUGUCUUGUGUUCGGGCUUCAAGUCAUGGAGUUGGGUUUGUUGCAGACAUUCGCCGGAUGAACGUUGCUCUUACUCGUGCAAGAAGAGCCCUGUGGGUUAUGGGGAACGCAAGUGCGCUGGUGCAGUCUGAUGAUUGGGCUGCACUAAUUGAUGAUGCCAAAGCUCGAAACUGUUACUUAGACAUGGAUUCUCUGCCUAAAGAAUUUAUUCCUGAGCCGUCUACUUAUGGUUCGUUUUCGUCCAAGAUCUCUAGUGCAAGGGGCUUAAGAUCUGAACCAAGUUAUAGACCACAGGAGUCAUAUGUGAAUUCUGGAUUUGGCACACCUUCGGAAGUGGAGGAGAAGUCAACUUUGCCUUAUAUUUCUAGACUUGGAAGUCAUCGAUUCUUGAGGCCAGGAACAUAAAUCCUUAAAUGAUUUUGAUCAAUCUAGUGAUAGAUCACGAGACACCUGGCAAAAGAAUGCUGCAAAAAGCAGCUUGUGUUUUGGGAAGGCAAGCUUGAAUGCAACAGCUGUUAUAAAGCUGCAAAUCAUCGUGUUUCCAUUGCCCUGGGAUUAUUGCUACUGGAUUCCUUCCCUUCUCUUCCAUGUUGUUAAAGCAUCUUCCCAUGCUUGAACAUGUGAUUUGAAUGCUGAAGAUGAGAAGUUUCUAGUGAACCCUAGUCGGAAAGGAAGAAGUUUGAGUAAAUAAUCGUGUCUGGUAUUCCAGGUUCAAAGAUGUUCGGAGUGGGGGUUUCCAACUUGCUGGCCAACUGCAUUUUUCACUAAAGGAUUCUGAGCUUACGUUUUACCUCGACACCUCAAUUUGUGUCUCAUCUAAAGUGGUGACAAGCCUGCUACGGUGGAACUCUUAGGCACACCUCAUAAGUUGCGAGAUAUCUUCUUGCAAAUGUCCAUGUUUUGAAUGCAUGUGGAGGUGAGGUUUUCACGCUCUAGAUUUAGGCUUGAUUCUGUGAGGCUCUUUGAUAAAUUCAUUGAAUUUUAAGUGACAUAUCCCAUCUCAAAAAAAUCACUUCCAUUACGUGGAUUGCAGCGAUUGCUGAAAGAUGGAGCAUUCAUCAACAUAGCUGUAUUUCCUGGCCUGCAAUCAAAGAUGUGAGCCAUCUGAGUUGCUGCAGCCUGGAUAGAAUGUUGAUAUUUCUUCUAAAAGGUGCAUAACUUUUGAGUGUUGAUAUACAGCUAUUGCUCCCAAACGUCUCCAUUAAUGGGGCGUUGAUAGUUUGGAUAGAUGAAAACAAUAUAAUAAAGGAUAGUCUACUCUGAUGGAUUCAAACCAUGGCGGCAGUUUGAUUAGGUUUGGUGCUUCUCAAACUCCCUACUCGGCCUCAGCUCCCUAACAAAAUUUGUAAUUAAUGAUAUGUAUGUUAUUUGUAAAACUAUUCCAUGAAUAUUUUCUUCUUCAAUAGAUAUCCAUUAUAACCUUA